ACGCAUUCCAUGCAACGUUCCAAAGGGAAGCAACGUGCAUGCCAGUGACCAUGGCGGUGCGGGGGUCGCCAAGGCGAUGAUGGGGUUCCAGUGACCAGUGGAAUCACGCCCACACACGCCAUGACAUUGCUGCGCGCAUGCGUUGCAGUGCACAUGCAUGUGUCUCUCCCUUCUGCCUGUCCUAUUCAUGUUGUGGCGAGCUGGGCCCGCGCAACACACCACUUGCACCUUCUUCGCUGGCACGACAGUGCGUGCGGUUCUUUCGUCUCAGCCCUUCUUCGUGUGGGCUGUCUGUGUUGUGUGGUGUCUGCAUCGCUUGUGAGUGGGAGGAGGUGUGUGUGUGGGAAUCAGUUCACGUUUGACACCUUCACUGCUGCCAUUGCCGACGAGCAUUGCGUAUACAAACCACACUGCUGUUUCUUCUUCGCCUUGGUUGCGUGCAAGCAAGCCAGGACGCGUGGCUGCUUUUGGAUCGCGCGCAGUGCCAUUCUUCUCGCCACCAGCCAGCCAGCUUUCAGUGCUGCUGAUCUCCCCACACCCCUCUAAGUUCCGUGGUGGUCCCUUGUCGCCACCCCACCACUGCUGCCACCAUUGCUGCCACCAUUGCUGCCACCACUGUGCCACCACCACUGUUGUCACCGCCACAGUAUGCUGCCGGGCUGCACGAGCCGUGCCCGGUCGCGCACGCCGCCAGUGGCACCCAGUAAUGGCAGCCUGGUCGUGUGGCUGACCCUGGCCCUGCCCUUGCUUUUGGUGCACCUAAUCGAUGCCCAGCAAACUCCGUUGAUGAAGGCGUCUGCGACCACCGUCAACAACACCAGCUACAUCCGAGACGACGUGGUGACAUCAACAGCAACGCCAAACUCCGGGGGAGUGGAAGCGGCGCUCUCGCUCCCCGGCAUCAUCGGCAUCGUGGGGGCAAUCACCGUUGUUGCACUGGUGGUCAUCCUCGCAUUCAAGUACGCCAGCGACCGUCAGUCCAAGCGCUCAAUGAGCGCCACAGCACUCACAGACGCGCUGAUCGAGCAGUACGCCAGUCAGGGUAGCGUGAAGGUGCGCGCAGAUGGCCAAGAGAGCCACGGCGUCCUGCAGAAGCAGCGGCAGGCGACUGCAGCCAACAACAUCAUGCCAAACGGCAGUCUCUAUACGGCACGCGCGCCACGCAUGCCGUGCGACGAGGCCAUCCUCGCGCCCCUCGCGGAGGACCCAGCCAUGUCCUGGGACGGCGGCGACACCGUCAUCUCCGUCAAGGACGGCAUCUACUGCAACAUCCGCGGAAAGCGGCAAACCAUGGACCCGCCCUCUGAGGCCUCCACGUCCAGCGUCGUCACCGACACCAGCUCCACGGUACUCGACGACGACAACGGCGACACCGCCAACCAAAGAAGGAAGGUGCCCGAGUACAUGCCCAUGUACGCACGCGCAGAUGAAGAAAGCGUCAUCGGGCAGCUCGACCCAGAGGUGCGCGACAUUCUUCGCAACGGCCGCCCGCCACCAAGCUCCUUCCGCCUCGAGUACGCCUGAGUACGCAGCGCAAUGCGACGCGCUGGACACGUUCUCGCGGCCAGCGAACACCGACUUUGGUCCAACGGGUCAAUUCAGCGUUGGGUGGCCGAGUGGCGCUGUCAACACACGAUCGAUGACGGUUGUGUAGUUGCAGCAUGUGGGCGUGUGCUUGGUCAUUUGGUUGUUUGCUGUUCCCUUGCCCCGCCCUUGCAUCUACUAUCUUGGGGCUUAUAUUGGUUAUGUAUGUAUGUAAUGUAUGUAUUUGUUACACGUUUUAAUAUUCCCGCCUUUGCACCUGUCAGGUUGUCUGUGCACGUGUGACACCUGCGAAUGCGCGUGCAUUCAUUGCAUUUAUGUGACCUUGAAUGGCACCGGCUGUUGCCGCUUGGCGACGGCAGCGUUCGACCAGAGCAGCCUCAGUGUCCGUUUGUUGUCUUGUUGUGAGGAGAGAAGCAGUUAGUUUGCAUGUAUGCGCGAGAAUGUGUGUGCAUGUGUAUGCGUGUGUUUGCAUGUGUGCAUGUGUGGAUGUGUGUGCAUGGAUGUGUGCAUGUGUGUAUGUGUGUAUGUGCAUGUGGUUGGGCGUGCGAAGGUGACACCACAUGCUAGCGGUCACAACGGUCGAUUAAUGUAAAAUGGAAGUAACGCA